AUGAAUAACUCAACAAACUCCUCUAACAAUGGCCUGGCUCUGACCAGUCCUUAUAAGACAUUUGAAGUGGUGUUCAUUGUCCUUGUGGCUGGAUCCCUCAGUUUGGUGACUAUCAUUGGGAAUAUUCUGGUCAUGGUCUCCAUUAAAGUCAACCGCCACCUCCAGACCGUCAACAAUUACUUUUUGUUCAGCUUGGCCUGUGCUGACCUCAUCAUUGGUGUUUUCUCCAUGAACUUGUACACCCUCUACACCGUGAUUGGCUACUGGCCUUUGGGACCUGUGGUAUGUGACCUUUGGCUAGCCCUGGACUACGUGGUCAGCAAUGCCUCGGUGAUGAAUCUGCUCAUUAUCAGCUUUGACAGGUACUUCUGUGUCACCAAACCGCUCACCUACCCAGUCAAGCGGACCACGAAAAUGGCAGGUAUGAUGAUUGCAGCUGCCUGGGUCCUCUCCUUUAUCCUGUGGGCCCCGGCCAUUCUCUUCUGGCAGUUCAUCGUAGGGGUGAGGACUGUGGAGGAUGGGGAAUGCUACAUUCAGUUUUUCUCCAACGCCGCUGUCACCUUUGGUACCGCCAUUGCAGCCUUCUAUUUGCCUGUGAUCAUCAUGACUGUGCUAUACUGGCACAUAUCCCGAGCCAGCAAGAGCAGGAUAAAGAAGGACAAGAAGGAGCCUGUGGCCAACCAAGAGCCAGUUUCUCCAAGUCUGGUACAAGGAAGGAUAGUGAGGCCAAACAACAACACCACACCUGGCAGUGACGGUAGCCUGGAGCACAACAAAAUCCAGAAUGGCAAAGCCCCCAGAGAUGCUGUGACUGAAAACUGUGUCCAGGGAGAGGAGAAGGAGAGCUCCAAUGAUUCCACCUCAGUUAGUGCGGUAGCCUCUAAUAUGAGAGAUGAUGAAAUAACCCAGGAUGAGAACACAGUCUCCACUUCCCUGGGCCACUCCAAAGAUGAGAACUCGAAGCAGACGUGCAUCAAAAUUGUCACCAAGACCCCAAAAGGUGACUCAUGUACCCCAGCUAAUACCACUGUGGAGCUAGUUGGCUCUGCAGGUCAGAACGGAGACGAAAAACAGAACAUCGUCGCUCGUAAGAUUGUGAAGAUGACGAAGCAGCCUGCCAAAAAGAAGCCUCCUCCUUCUCGGGAAAAGAAAGUGACCAGGACGAUCUUGGCUAUCCUGUUGGCUUUCAUCAUCACUUGGGCCCCGUACAAUGUCAUGGUGCUCAUCAACACCUUCUGUGCACCCUGCAUCCCCAACACAGUGUGGACAAUUGGUUAUUGGCUCUGUUACAUCAACAGCACUAUCAACCCCGCCUGCUAUGCACUUUGUAAUGCCACCUUCAAGAAGACCUUUAAACAUCUUCUCAUGUGUCAUUAUAAGAACAUCGGCGCUACGAGGUAA